AUGGCCGUCUUCCAAAUGGGGUCCCACACGCACGCCAUCCCGAUGACGCUGUACCGGGACAACCGGGCCAGGGUGGUCAAUGAACUGCAGCGGGCCCAUAAUUUUGGGGCGGAUUCGAAACCGGUGAUCAUGCUCCAGGGUGGCGAUAACAUUAGCCACUACGACACGGACGUCGACUACGUUUUCCGGCAGGAAUCGUACUUCACGUACCUGUUCGGUGUGACGGAACCCGGCUGCUACGGUACGGUUGAGAUCAAAACCGGACGUACGGCGCUGUACGUGCCACGUCUGCCGGAAGAAUAUGCCGUUUGGAUGGGACCGCUGCUGGGGCUGGAGGAUUUCAAGCAGAAGUACGAAGUCGACACAGUACAUUACGUCGAUGAGAUUGCAUCCCGUCUGGCUAGUGUAUCACCAUCGGUGUUGCUUCUUCUGAGCGGUCCGAAUUCUGAUAGUGGAGCAGUAGCAAAACCGGCUUACUUCAAGGGUAUUGAAAGCUUUGUGUCGGACACCGAUAUCUUGUUCCCGGUGAUUGCGGAAUGUCGCGUUAUCAAGUCUCCGGCCGAGAUCGAGGUGCUGCGCUAUGUGGCACGUGUUUCAUCGGACGCGCACAAAGCCGUAAUGAAGGUGAUGAAACCGGGCAUGCACGAGUACCAGGCGGAGGCGGAAUUUUUGCGCCACUCGUACGCCGUCGGUGGUUGCCGGCAUGUGUCGUACACGUGCAUCUGUGGUGCUGGUACCAACUCGGCCAUCCUGCACUAUGGUCAUGCCGGUUCACCGAACGACUGUGCCGUCAAGGACGGUGCCAUGUGUCUGUUCGACAUGGGCGCCAAUUAUGGCGGUUACGCAGCGGACAUUACGUGCAGCUUUCCCGCCAACGGGAAGUUCACCGAGGACCAGAAGCUCGUGUACAAUGCCGUGCUGGCUGCCCGGGACGCUGUCUGUGGAGCUGCUCGGGAGGGCGUGUCCUGGAUUGAUAUGCAUCUGCUUGCCAAUCGGGUGAUGCUGGAGGAGUUGCGCAACGGUCAACUGCUGCAGGGUGAUGUGGACGAGAUGAUGGAGGCCGGGCUGAAUGCCAUUUUUCAACCGCAUGGACUGGGACACUUUCUGGGGCUGGAUGUGCAUGAUGUCGGUGGAUAUUUGCCCGGCUGUCCGGAAAGGUCCACUAAGGCCGGAGUUAACCGUCUCCGCACGGCACGUACUCUGAAGGCGGGCAUGUAUUUGACCAUCGAGCCGGGGUGCUACUUUAUCGAGCCGCUGUUGAACAAGGCGUACUCCGAUCCGAGUCUCAGCAAGUUUUUGGUGAAGGAAAAUUUGGAUCGCUUCCGUAACUUUGGUGGCGUCCGUAUUGAGGAUGAUGUGCUGAUCACCAAGACCGGCAUUGAAAACUUCACUUUCGUGCCAAGAACUGUCCAAGAAAUUGAAGCCUGGAUGGCCAAGUAA